AUGAUUGAUAAUAUUAUUGGUAACUUAAGCGAUACAAAUGAAACAUUAUCACCGUUGUCCGUUGAUUCUGCUAAUUGGGAUGAUUUUGUUUAUCAUCAAAGCCCUGAAAUUGCUUCGAUCUCAAAUAAUAAUGACGGUUUACUCGAAAAUUUCAUCUUCAACCAGAAUUUUCCAACCUCUCUUAUUAAUAAUCAACCAAUUUUAACUGAAGUACAACAGCAAAAUAUUUGGAUAGAAAAUGAUUUCAAUAACAGUCAUUAUUAUUAUGAUACAAAUCCAACAAGUCAAUUUGAUAAAAAUAUAAACGAUAGCUUUUUCGAAUUUCCUUACAGCAUUGAUACUGGAAAGUUGU